AAAGUCGUAUAAAUAGAAUAUUGAAGAAAGUGUAAAACAUAUCUAUGUAAAUAAAUCGAGUGUAGCAUAAUUAACGAACAGAAAAUGAAUGGAAACAGUUUCGAAAACAAUGUGUACGAUGCGGAAAACAUCACAAACACACCAAGCCAUCCUGCUGAUAUACAAAAUUCAGUCAACGUUGACGAAGUAAAUUGCGGCCAGGCUUUUGUAGACGACUCAGCCAAAAGACAGCGGUUAAAUCCUUUGAGACGCGUUUUUAUAUUAGAACCACCAAUAUUUAUUCUGAAUUUUAGCACCACUCUGCCAUCCGUUGUAUUUACUAAUCAAUUACUUUAUCAGAGCUGUAAAGUGAUUUUUGAUUACACUGAAGAAGACUGUCAACCAAUGUUGGGCAUUGCAAAUGCAACAACAAAUUCGGACAUCGAAAAACGAGUACAGCCCUACGUUUCCCAUAUAAUAUUAGCCAAUUCUUUGGUCUCGAGUAUUGUACCCGCAAUAUUGGCGCUCUUCAUUGGCUCAUGGUCAGAUCGUUUUGGACGCCGCCCGGUACUCUUAAUUGCACUAAUGGGUAUUGCACUUGGUUACAUUGUCAACUUUAUUUUGUCUAUGGUAUCCGCUUAUUCUCCCACAAAUCCUUGGCUAUACGUUAUUGGGAAUAUACCGGCGGCAGUCACUGGAUCCUCAUGCGCUUUCUCGAUUGUCAGUUAUUGUUACAUAGCAGAUGUGGCAUCACCACAAUUUAAGGGCUUAAGAAUGGUUUUAGCUGAUGCCGCAAUUGGCCUUGGCACUGUUGCCGGUACAUUGGCGGGCGGUGCACUCUUCGCCAAGACAAGUAUGCAAGUUGUAUUUGCGAUUUCAGCGCUAUCGGCGCUCUUAGCUAUGGUCUACAUAAUCUUUGUGAAUGAGGAGAGUUUAAAAGUGGAGCACACUACUUUGAUGUACAAGCUAAGCCAGUUCUUCAGUAUUACACAUCUCAUUGAUUUGGUGCGCACCUGCACUACCAAGCGCCCCAAUCAUAUGCGCACCUUCAUUUGGCUUACGAUGAUUGCUUUGGUUAUUUCCAAUUUCACAACGUCUGGCGAGAGUAAUGUCUUCUACUUAUUUCUGCGCGCCAAAUUCAGUACUACUGUUAGCCAGUAUAGUGAUUACAACUCUAUUAGCGCUGCUAUUCAAAUUGCUGGUGGCACUUUUGCAAUUGUCACUUUUCGAAAGCACAUGCAACUUUCUAUCGAGACCAUAGCUAUUAUGUCUCUGCUCUCUGCCGUUUGUGAGAGCACUGUGCGCGCUGCGGCGCAACAAUUCUGGGAAAUGUAUUUGGCUACCGCGCUGGGCUUCAUUUCAACCAUCAUUACUCCGAUGUUGUUGACCAUUCUCUCCUUUGUGACACCGACGAAUGAAACCGGCAAAGUUUUCUCUGUGACGACAGCUCUGCAGACAAUCACUCCACUAGGCUCAGCACCACUCUACACCAGCGUUUACAAUGCGACGUUCGCCUUCUAUCCGGGCAUGUUCAACAUCAUCAGCGCUGUGCUAUAUUUCAUAGCAUUUUUGCUUAUUUUAUUGGUGCAAAUCAUAUCGCAUCGCAAAGGAGUGGCGGUUAGUCCAGCAAUUCAACGCAGUUAGAGAUGAGAUUCAGUAGUGUGUCGAGAAUAUUUAAUUACUCAACGAAUAUU